AUGAAUUUAUUUACCUUCCAGCCCCAGCCUGGUCAAUCCUCAAAACAGCCAACGCCUGGUCAAUCCUCACAACAGCCAGAGCCUGGUCAAUCCUCACAACAGCCCCAGUCUGGUCAAUCCUCACAACAGCCACAGCAUGGCUCGUCCUCACAGCAGCCCCAGCCUGGUCAAUCCUCACAGCAGCAUCAACCAGGUCAAUCCCCACAACACCUAGAGCCUGGUCAAUCCUCACAAGAGCCACAGUUUGGUCAAUCCUACCAGCAGCCCCAGCCUGGUCAAUCCCCAAAGCGGCUCCAGCCUGGUCAAUCCUCACAACAGCCCCAGCCUGGUCAAUCCUCACAACAGCCACAGCCUGGUCAAUCCUCACAACAGCCCCAGCCUGGUCAAUCCUCACAACAGCCCCAGCCUGGUCAAUCCUCACAACAGCCCCAGCCUGGUCAAUCCUCACAACAGCCACAGCCUGGUCAAUCCUCACAACAGCCCCAGCCUGGUCAAUCCUCAGAACAGCCACAGCAUGGCUCGUCCUCACAGCAGCCCCAGCGUGGUCAAUCCUCAAAACAGCCAACGCCUGGUCAAUCCUCACAACAGCCAGAGCCUGGUCAAUCCUCACAACAGCCCCAGCCUGGUCAAUCCUCAAACAAGCUCCAGCCUAGUCAAUCCCCAAAGCAGCUCCAGCCUGGUCAAUCCUCAAACCAGCUCCAGCCUGGUCAAUCCUCACAACACCCACAGCCUGACCCAUCCUCACAGCAACCCCAUCCUGGCCAAUCUUGCCAACAGCCACAGCCCGGCACAUCAUCACCAGCGCUUCAGUUUGACUCAUCUUCAUAUGAGCUCAAGUUUCAGCCCUCUGCACAUAUACCGGAGUCUGAACUUUCUUCAGAUGAUUGCUGGUAUCCUCACAGAAGCUCCAUUGUGGCCCGACCUAAAAGAAAAUUCUGCCAGACCCGUCCUCACAGAAAUUCAUUAGUGAAGCUCAAGCAUGAUCCAUCUUCAUCUUCCGAUGAACAGGAGCCUGAUCUGCCAUCAGAUGACAACUGGAAACCUUCAAAUGAAAUUAUUUCUGAAACCGAUCUCGACAGUAUCCAAGGAGAAGAUGAGAUCAUUGACUUCAAGAGAAAACCACAUCAUCAAAAAGUCAAAAGACAAAAAGUGACUGGCCAUGAUGCUGCUAAAUUUGAUAAUCCUCCUCCAGCUAGUCAUGAACCGUCUCAACAAGGAACCAGGCCACAGAUAGAAAAUUACAGGAAACCAUACAGACAUUGUAUCUUUUGUGGUAAGAUGGCAUCAAAAUUAUCUGACCAUAUAGUGAAAAAGCAUGCAGGAAUUCCAAGAGUCAAGAAUGCAGUAGAACUGCCCAAAAAGCAGAGAAUUCAAGAAUUCAAGAUGAAGAAGGAGGGGAUUCUGCACGUUAACAAACUUGAAGCAAAGAAGUCUCGUCCUGGGUACAUGAGAGAACGUUCCUCCAAGAAAAAAGAUUCACUGCCAGUCAUGUGCAGCACGUGCGAUGGUUUUUUUUCGCGGAGUUACAUUAAGAGGCAUUCUCAUAAAUGCAGAAAGGAAGUAGAGACUGCUGUGCAUGGAGUCUGUAUUCCUGUAACAUUUCUGCAGCAUGAUCAUCUCAAGAAAAAUGAAGGCGAUUUUGUCACAGAGGUUUUGACAAAGUUCCGACAUGGUAAGAGCAGCCAACUUUGCCAAACUGAUCCAGUCCUUGCGAAAAUUGGCAGAAGGCUUUGGGACAAGGAGAAGAAAAAGAAGAACAAACGUGCAGAAGUUCGGAAGUCAGUGAUGUCCGACAUGAGACGUCUCGCAAAUCUUUACAUCCAUAUGAAAGACACUGAAGCAACUUUGGGGAAACUGCGCUCAGAGGAUGGCAAUGUCGGAGAUCUAUUCAAAAGAAGUAAUUUCCGUUAUCUGGAAGAAGCCCUAGACAACUACACGAAAGUCGAAGUAAAUACGCACUCAUCAAGUGACAACAAUGCAAUCAAACCAGGGCUCAAAUUGGGCUUAUACUACUUGCUCAAGUCCGCAAGCAAGAUUCUAAAAGGCUUGAGCCUAAUGGAGGAGGAGGAGGAUGGUGAUGUAAAAGCAGCAGAGAUUGACAACUUUGUCUUGGUCUUGGAACUGAAUUACCACACAAUUUUCGGUGAUGCAACAUAUGCACUUCAUCAGGGUAGACAGACAAGAUUGAGACGCCCAGAAUCUGCUCCAGAAGAGAGCGAUAUCCGUAAAGUACGUGACUUUACUGUCUCCCAAAUUAAAGAACUCACUAGUGAUGAAUUGGCCUUUACAGAUUUGCAUAGGUACACAAGACUGCGUGACCUUGUGGUGUGUAGACUCACACUCUUCAACGCAAGGAGGGGUGGAGAGCCCAGCAGGCACAUGCUACAAGACUGGGAGGAUGACGACACAGGUGUGGUUGGACAAGGUGCAGAUAGGAGGCUUAAACCCAUUAGACAAGGCUUUGGCUGGUAGAUUAAAAAUUACGUACCAGAGUGGACAAGGGGUCAAUCACCUUGUCUCGGUCCUUUUCCCUGAGGACACACACGCUGCAAUGCACAUCUUG